AUGGGACACAAAUUAACUGAUCAAGGAAUUUGCCCAGAUCCGGGAAAGGUUAGCGCAGUUCAUGAGAUGCCAAGACCUCUUGAUAAAGUUGGGGUACAGCGUUUUUUGGGGAUGUGUAAUUAUUUAUCAAAAUUUUCUCCAAAUCUAAGUGCAACAGUGUUGCCGUUAAGGAAUCUAGUCAAGCAGAACGUUGAAUUUAAUUGGUCAGAUUCGCAAGAAAAUGCUUUCAACGCAGCUAAAGAUCUUAUUGCACCAAGCACAAAUUUGCGUUAUUAUGACGUUAAACUUCCAGUUACGUUACAAGUGGAUGCGUCGGAUGAAGCUAUUGGUGGGGUACUUAUGCAAGAAGGAAAACCAGUUUGUUUUACGUCACACACUUUAACAGAUACAGAAAAACAAUAUGCGCAGAUUGAAAAAGAGUGUUUGGCUAUCAUGACAAGUAUGAAGAAGUGGCAUCAGUAUCUCUUUGGUAAACAUGACAUUAUUGUGCAAACGGACCAUCAACCUUUAGAAAUAAUUUUUAAAAAGCCACUUGGUAAGGCACCUCGAAGGCUUCAACGGAUGAUGCUUCAACUACAGCAGUAUAAUUUUGAAGUUGUGUAUAAAAGAGGGAAAGAACUUUAUGUUGCAGAUACUUUGUCACGGGCAGCAUUAAAAGAAAAUUGCGCGGUGGAGUUGGAGUCAGAAAUGGUAUUUCGAGUUGAGCUGGAGCAGAUGGGUUUAAAACCUGCCAUGAUGUCAGACUGUACGUUAAAUAGAAUGAAAGAAGAGACCAGAAAAGACCAAACGUUGAAGUGUUUGUUGGAAACGGUACGAAAAGGAUGGCCAUCGGAUAAAUUAAUGGUUCCACCGUGUAUCAGACAGUAUUGGUUUUUCGAGAAGAAAUUACGCUUUACGAAGGGGUUCUUUUGAAGACGCAUCAAGUGAUUGUACCAACAGUGUUGAGGAAAGAAAUGUUGGAAAAGAUUCACAAGUCUCACCAAGGUGCUGACAGUAGUAUACGUCGAGCUCGAGAAGCACUGUUUUGGCCCGGAAUGUCAGCUAAUAUUCGUCAAAUGUCUGAAGCUUGCGGAAUUUGUGCUCAAUUCCAAACGGAACAACCGAGAGAGCCUAUGAAAUCGCAUGAGAUUCCUAAGUUACCCUGGUCAAGAAUAAGUGUGGAUUUAUUUCAAUUAGCUGGUAAGAACUAUUUGGUUAUGGUUGAUCAUUAUAGUGACUUCAUUGAACUUGAUCACUUGAAAAACACUACGGCUAAUUCUGUAAUUAAGGUGAUGAAAAAGAACUUUGCAAGGCAUGGAAUUCCAAGUGAAUGCGUUAGUGACAAUGGUCCUCAAUUUGACAGUUCGGAAUACAGAUCUUUUGCGAGAGAACAUGGUUUUACACCGGUUAAGUCGUCUCCGUAUUAUAGUCAAGGGAAUGGUAAAGCAGAAUUAAUCGGCUGUGAAGGUUGCAAAGAACAUAUUAAAAAAAUCGGACAACGAAGAUCCUUACUUGGCAUUAUUAGCUUAUCGCAAUACUCCGCAACAAGGAUACGUAUAUUCUCCAGCUGA